AUCUCAUGCAACAUUUACUUAAUGUUGAAUAAUUAGACUGAGUAGAUAAUUGGUGAGAGGAAAGGUGAUGAUGGGUCAACUGAGCAAUGUUGAGGGACCUGGUCAUAUGUUCUGGAUGGAUGAUCAUGAUAAUUUGCCUACUGAUGUCUGAAGUUCUCCAGAGAAAAAAAGUAUUGAACAUAUUUGAACAACAAUAGAUAGCCUACUAAGGAACAUUGCCAGCAACAUUGCUGGAAAAGUUGUCAGCUUAACUGAACGGCAACAUAAUACUGCUGUGGUUUGGGUAAAUAGUUCUUGGAUUCUAUAGUUUGUGGCCUGUCGUUCGUAUGGUGUAACACUACCUUUCUUAGAAGUGAGAUUGCUGCUAUGAGAGGGAAGGUUAUAUGUUAAAUUAGCCUAUAAUGAAAACAUUCGUGUAGGAACUCUGAGAAGUAAUUGCGUCAACACGGAAACAAUUUAGUGGUACUCAAUGGGAGGGUCGUGCAGUGACUGACAGGACGCCUGAGCAGUAAGCAAUGAUGGUGCUUUCAGACUUCGAUUCCACUGACCAAUUACAUAGCCAAGCGCCAGAAGAUCUAGCGCUGGAGCAUGUUCACUUAUGUCCUUUAAAAAAGAAACGGUGUGGACAAAUUGGUGGAACAGAUUCCCUCAUGUGCACUUGUCAGCGCUACAUUGUAAUGGCAUACUGGAAUGUUGUCUUACAGCAUGUGAAAAUGUAUCUGUACUAGGCUACUGUAUCGAGCGGUACCCAUAGACUGUAAAAAAGUUAUUCACUUGGUUGGUAAUUUAGGAGGUUGGUUGUGUCACACUGCUACGACCUGAGUGAUGUUUUGCAUAUGAUUCGUAUGGUAUGGUGCCGUAACUAUUAUCAUUGGGCUACAGUACAAUGUGAAGUUAUCCAAAGUGUCUGCUAAAUUUUCAUUUGAAAAAGUAGCAUAGGCUAGGCUACGGCGUUGGCGGAAUAGGAGAGAUGAGGAGGGCAUCUACCUUCCUUGCCAAAAUUGUAAGAUACUGCACCAUCACAAGAUGUAGGCCUAUCAACGGCGGUCCAGACAGUGGCGAGACCAUCUUUGCCUUGUCUUCAGGACAGGGCAAAUGUGGAGUGGCAGUGAUCCGGGUCAGUGGACCAGCCUCGACCCUAGCUCUCCGCAGUCUGACUGGUCCGAGUCAGAGUUUUCCGACCCCACGUAAAGCUCUGCUGCGUCACAUCAUACAUCCCCACUCUGAGGAAAUACUUGACCGUGGACUGGUCUUUUGGUUCCCUGGUCCUCAUAGCUUUACAGGGGAAGACAGUGCAGAGUUCCACAUACAUGGGGGUCCAGCUGUGAUCAGCGGAGUCCUGGGGGCACUAGGGAGUCUGCCCAGCCUGCGCCCAGCAGAGGCAGGAGAAUUCACACGGCGGGCCUUCCACGCGGGCAAGCUGGACCUGACGGAGGUGGAGGGGCUAGGGGACCUGAUCCAUGCCGAGACCGAGGCCCAGAGGAGGCAGGCCCUGAGACAGAUGGCUGGAGACCUGGGCCGCCUGUACCAUGACUGGAGCCAUCGUCUCACCCGGUGUUUGGCCCAUGUGGAAGCGUUCAUUGACUUCAGUGAGGAUGAGCUCAUCGAGGACGGGGUCUUAAAUCAAGUGGAUGAGUCCUUGUCUCAGCUGUUGCAGGAGAUUGAGGAGCACCUGAGUGACGAGCGCAAAGGAGAACGCCUACGCAGUGGCGUGCAGGUGGUGAUCGCCGGGGCAACCAACGCAGGCAAGAGCAGCCUGCUCAACCUGCUGUGCCAGCGCCCUGCAGCCAUCGUGUCUCCAGUGGCCGGGACCACCAGAGACGUAGUGGAGACGUGUGUGGACAUUGGCGGGUUUCCUGUCCUGCUCAGUGACACUGCGGGCUUAAGAGACACUCUGGAUAGUGUGGAGAGAGAGGGGGUGCGGCGGGCCCGUGAGAGGGUGCAGCAGGCCGACCUGGCACUGGUGGUGGUGGACUCCUCGCAGCUUCCCCGUGACCCCCGGCACAUCGUGGCCCACCUCGAUGGGCAGCUUGGCGAGGUUCUGUCUGGCCAGCAGGCCUCCCAGCUUUCCUGCCUCCUGGUGCUCAACAAGAGCGACCUCCUGUCAAAGGAGCAGUGCCGGAGCAUCCAGAGCGCCCUGAGGGAGAGCAGUGACCUGCCCCCCGCCUGCCUCCUGUCCUGCCACACCAACGGGGGGGUGAACGGGUUUCUAUCCGCCCUAAAGAACGCCGUGCAGAUUUUGUGCGGGGAUCCCCUGACCGGCGGGCCAAGCCUGACCCAGGCCCGGCACCGUGCCCACUUGAUGGAAUGUGUACGCUCCCUGACCCAGUACCGCCAGUACCGGGACGUGGACCUGGCCCUGGCGGCCGAGGGCGUCCGCUUGGCCCUCAUCGGCCUGGGCCGCAUCACUGGCAGGGUGGGGGCCGAGGAAAUUCUGGACAUUAUUUUCAGGGACUUCUGCAUUGGGAAGUGACCCAGCUGUUACAGCAGAGUUGAAACAGUGACUGUGUGUGUGUGUGUGUGUGUGUGGUAUGCACAUGUGUGUAUACUUAAUUUUUGUAAUAUAUUCAGUUUCAUUAUUAUUCAAGAUAAACUGGAAAUAAAAAAUAAGAGAAACCAA